AUGGGGACAGCUGAUCUGGGAGCCUCUCAUAUGGGCGGCCUAAUAGGCGCGAGCAUACCAUUUUCCGUCGCCUGUGGCUCCAGCAUGAUUGCCACUAUAUGCAUUCAGCCGAUAGACACCGUCAAGGUGCGCAUGCAAUUGUUGGAUAAAGGUCGGGGAACGGGUGCUGUAUCGGUCUCCACUGUUGUUAAAGACCUAGUCGCACGCGGCGGCGUUAUCAACUUGUACCAGGGUCUUUCGGCGGGCCUCCUCCGGCAGCUGGUUUACGGCACACUUAGGCUGGGUUUGUUCUCGACGUUCGAGCAGCAAUUGUCACGGCGGGCCCGUGAGCAAGGUACGACGCUCGGAUUUAGAGGUAGAGCGCUCGCCGGUCUUGGGGCCGGUGCCAUCGCUGCAUUUGUCGGAAACCCGACCGAAGUUGCCCUCAUUCGCAUGCAAGCAGACGGCAUGAAGCCCGUGGAACAACAGAGAAACUACUCUUCUGCAUUCAAUGCAAUCUGGAGGAUUGCAAGGGAGGAGGGGGUGCUUGGUCUCUGGAAAGAUCAACCCUUACCGCUCAAUAGCACCCCAGAACACGCGGCCGAUGAAAACCGACUGUAUUCCCAGGAACCCAAGAUCCAGCAUGGCCGAAGCUCAAGGGAAGGAGAUACAACCAUGGCAGCAACGACGUCGCCAGAAAUAUUGAUCCCUAUGUCAGCUUCCCAUUCCAUUCACGAUACACCGCCAGCGUCAUCUGCUUCUCACAGAUUGCCGCCAUACAUUCGUCCUCUCAGCAGCCAAAUCGAUUCUCGGGAUAUGGAUUACCUCGCUGACAAAGGCGCGCUCACUAUCUUGAAUGACGAGUUUCGCGACGAGCUUUUGCGCAUCUACGUUAACUUUGUGUAUCCAUUCAUGCCUGCCAUCGACGUUAAAAGCUUCAUCGAGUCCAUUAUGCAGGGCGAUGGAAGCCGUCCUGUCAGCCUUCUUCUCUUCCAGGCAAUCAUGUUUGCUAGCGUCGCUUUUGUCGACGUCAGAUUCUUGAAAGAAAAUGGCUUUCAUAGCCGCAAAGAGGCACGGAAGACCUUCUUUAGUCGCGUCCGGCUCCUCUAUGGGUUAGACUGCGAGCCCGAUCGCAUCUCUCUGCUCCAAGCUGUGCUCCUGAUGACUUACUGGUACGAGUCUCCAGACGAUGACAAGGACACUUGGUAUUGGAUGGGUGUCGCCCUGACUAUGGCUCAAGUCGCCGGACUGCACCGCAACCCCGAAAGUUUAAGGAUCCCAAUAGAAGAAAAGCGCCUGCGGCGACGGCUUUGGUGGUCGUGUGUCAUGCGCGACAAGCUUCUUGCCCUCGGUAUUCGGCGCCCCGCCCGCACUCUCAGCAACAAGUUCGACGUUCCUAUACUUGCAUUUGAUGACUUCGACCUCAGCGCUCCGUCUGAGCCUCUCUGUCGCCUUCUUGGCGAGUCUUCCCUUGUCCUUCCCGAGAAUGAGGGCCGUGAAGUACUGGCUGGUAUGAUCGUAGAACUCAGCAAGCUCUGCGUCUGUCUUGGUCACAUACUGCGAUCUCAAUACACUGUCAUGGGCAGCCACCCAGCGGGCUCGGAGUACCUCUUGAAAGCCUUGGUUGUUCCGGAGAAGUCGGAACAUCAAGCUCUGGAACUGGCAGCAUGCGACAAGGAGCUCACAGACUGGUUACAGAGCCAGGACUCUCGAUACAGCUCAGAGCGUUUUACACAGGCCACAUGCUGUUAG